CACCCCUCCCUAGACCUCUCUGGGCUUUGACGUCAUGUGUGCUCCUUUCGGUUGCCAUAGCAACCCCAUUCCCCAAGCCCUCUGUCCGUCUCCUCUGGUAGGUUCCACAAUGGUACAGGCAGCAUCACGCUGCACAAUGGUUUCCAGGCAGUGAAAGAGGGUGAUUCAGCAAGCCACUCUUCUUCUUCUUCUUUUAAAAAAAAUCCUCCCCUUCUUUUUUUAUUUUUAUGGGGGUGGGUGGUGCUUGUUAUAUGCCUACCUUUUUCUUUUCUUUUUUCAUUUUUAUAAUUUUCCUUUUUUCUCCUCACCCCUCAAUUCUUCGGGGCUUGAGUGACUUUAAGAUUGGGUUUUCUUGGAAAUCACCUGUCUAUCAUUAAUUUUAAACCAUUUCCCCACCUCCAAAGAAUCUAUUCCUUAUUACAAUUUGGAAUGUGGUUAAUGAAAAACAAGUAGGGAGGAUUUCUGGGGCAAACACUGCUGGAUCAGGAUCGUAGUUCUCAAGCACGGAAUGGCUAGCGUGAGGAACACCAACAGCAGGACCAUCUCAGAUCUUCAUUAUGGCAACUCAUGCAAGAAGCUGUUGAAUUAGAACAAUUUCCUAUAGAUGAGAAACCAUACAAGCAGUGGACAGAAUGUUUAACUGCUGGUGCCACAUAGAGCAGCAUGAAGUCUGGCAGUGCAUGGGUGUGUUGUAAAACACCACAGUGCUACCACACUCCAUGAUACCAGUCCGGGAUUCGAUAAACAAGUGGAUGUGUCAUAUAUUGCCAAACAUUACAACAUGAGCAAAAGCAAAGUUGACAACCAAUUCUACAGUGUGGAAGUGGGAGACUCAACCUUCACAGUUCUCAAGCGCUACCAGAAUUUGAAGCCUAUUGGCUCUGGGGCUCAGGGAAUAGUUUGUGCUGCGUAUGAUGCUGUUCUUGACAGAAAUGUGGCCAUUAAGAAGCUCAGCAGACCCUUUCAGAACCAAACGCACGCCAAGAGAGCUUACCGGGAGCUGGUCCUCAUGAAGUGUGUGAACCAUAAGAACAUUAUUAGUUUAUUAAAUGUCUUCACACCCCAGAAAACAUUGGAGGAGUUCCAAGAUGUUUACUUAGUCAUGGAACUAAUGGAUGCCAACCUGUGUCAGGUGAUUCAGAUGGAAUUAGACCACGAGCGAAUGUCUUACCUGCUAUACCAAAUGUUGUGUGGCAUUAAGCACCUUCAUUCUGCUGGAAUUAUUCACAGGGAUUUAAAACCAAGUAACAUUGUAGUCAAGUCUGAUUGUACAUUGAAAAUCCUCGACUUUGGACUGGCCAGGACAGCAGGCACGAGCUUCAUGAUGACUCCGUAUGUGGUCACACGUUACUAUAGAGCCCCCGAGGUUAUUCUGGGAAUGGGCUACAAGGAGAACGUGGAUAUAUGGUCUGUGGGAUGCAUUAUGGGAGAAAUGGUUCGCCACAAAAUCCUCUUUCCAGGAAGGGACUAUAUUGACCAGUGGAACAAGGUAAUUGAGCAACUAGGAACACCAUGUCCGGAAUUCAUGAAGAAAUUGCAACCUACAGUAAGAAACUAUGUGGAGAAUCGGCCCAAGUAUGCAGGACUCACCUUCCCCAAGCUCUUUCCAGAUUCCCUCUUCCCAGCGGACUCUGAGCACAAUAAACUCAAAGCCAGCCAAGCCAGGGACUUACUGUCAAAGAUGCUAGUGAUCGACCCAGCAAAAAGAAUAUCGGUGGAUGACGCUUUACAGCAUCCUUACAUCAACGUUUGGUAUGACCCUGCCGAAGUGGAGGCGCCUCCACCUCAGAUUUAUGACAAACAAUUGGAUGAAAGAGAACACACCAUUGAAGAAUGGAAAGAACUUAUCUACAAAGAAGUAAUGAAUUCAGAAGAAAAGACUAAAAACGGUGUUGUAAAAGGACAACCUUCUCCUUCAGGUGCAGCAGUGAACAGCAGUGAGAGUCUCCCUCCAUCUUCGUCCGUCAAUGACAUCUCCUCCAUGUCCACCGACCAGACCCUGGCAUCUGACACUGACAGCAGCCUGGAAGCUUCAGCAGGACCCCUGGGUUGUUGCAGGUGACUAGCCGCCUGCCUGCGAAACCCAGCGUUCUUCAGGAGAUGAUGUGAUGGAACACACACACACACACACACGCCCACGCAGACACGCAUGCACACACACAAAUGCAGACACACAGCUCUAAGAAAAUGGCAAGGGAGAGAAUCCGAGCCUAAAAUUGAAACCAAUCUUUCAGCCUGCUUCUUCUCCGGAGUUCUGUAUUGCAGCUAAGCUAAAUGUAUAUUUAACUUCUAGUUGCUCUUGCUUUGGUCUUCCUCCAAUGAUGCUUACUACAGAAAGCAACUCAAACACAAUUAGAAAAGCGUUUUCCAUAAAGUGUAAUUUUAAUGGCUGCAAAACCAGCAACCUGUAACUGCCCUUUCAAAUGGCAUGACAAGGUGUGCAGUGGCCCCAUCCAGCAUGUGUGUGUCUCUAUCUUGCAUCUACCUGCUCCUUUUGGCCUAGUCAGAUGGAUGUAGAUACAGAUCCGCAUGUGUCUGUAUUCAUACAGCACUACUUACUUAGAGACGCUACUGUCAGUGUCCUCAGGGCUCUACCAAGAUGUCAUGCACUGGGGUACCACAUGGUCCAUUUCAUGUGAUCUAUUACUCUGCCAUAAACCCAUCUGUAAUAUAUUGCCAGUAUAUAAGCUAUUUAGUUUGUUAAUUGAUUAAGCUGUAUGUCUUAUAAGAAAAAUGUAAAGGGGGAAAAUAUGGGGGGAGUGAGCUCUCUUGGACCCUUGAAGAUGUAGCUUCCAAAUUUGAACUGAUUAAAUGGCACCUGUAUACCAAUUUGUAGAAAGAACAUAUGUGAUGCUUAUGUACAGUGUGGGGGCGGGAGGGAGUGACAGUUUCCAGGUACUAAACGGUUUGGCCUUUAGAAGGAAGGUGGGAAUAAAAGCUGACAGCAAGCAGGUAGGAGAGACUCGAGGAUAGCAUUGCGGUGAGGAAGACCUCGAGGAGAUAAUUACCCAGACACUAGGAGACACCGACAUCGUGUUUUAGACAGUAGACUCCAUUUGUCACUUAUAAAUUAUGUGUCACAACUGGAAAGGGCAUGGCAGGUGGAGAGGCAGGGUUACAGAGUCCAUAUCUGAUGGUAAAAAAAAUCCCUCCCUGGAGCAGAGUGGAGUUGCCUCUGGAUGAUGUCCUUAACAGGAAAUGAACCUACAUAGACUAUUUUCUGACUGUGGGUUAUGUUUUCCAUAAGUGUGCUACUUCCCAGGUUUAUACCCUGCACGGUUUUAAGAAAUGUUAGUUUCCUCUUCUGGAAUAAAA